AAUCUGGAGGCUGAGACUGGCCCCCCUGCCUCCGUAAGAGCCUCCCUCCUGCGCCCGCCUCCGGCCGCGGGGCUGGGGGCGCCGGGCGAGCCAGGGCGGCUCUUAUUGCGAAGGGGCCGGAGGGGGGCUUCAUUUCCUGACAGCUAUUUACUUAAAGCAAAUGAUUAGUUUUGGAAGGAUGGACUAUAACAUUGAAUCAAUUACGGGGCGCGGGUUGUGAGCCCGUUGCAGUCGGGUCUGGAGGGAGGGCGAGCGGGAGGGAAGGAGCGCGGCUGAGCGGGGAAAGUCACAAAAGACGUGGACAUAUUUUGGAUAUUUUACAAUCUGCGGGACUAUAGCUGCGGAUUGGAGUGGAGAAGUCAAUGAAACCCCUCUUGGCUGGAUGCCAGUGCUUGGCAGUGAGUGUUUGGAAGACUGGCUCCUUGUUGAUAAAAGUUCUUCUGAUGUUCUUUUCCUGAUUUUUUUAUCAUUAAAGCACACAACAGAGUUGUCGGUAGCGAUGGGUACUUCCCCAGGGACAUUCCUGAUCCUGGGAUGUUUCCUCACAGGCCCGUUCCUAACAUUUUGCCAGCUUCCUCUGCCGACUAUUGUUCCCAACAGAAAUGAAAUGGUUGUACAGCUCAAUUCCAAUUUCACACUCAAAUGCUCUGGAGACAGCGAAGUGAGCUGGCAGUACCCAGUGACCGAGGGAAGCCACAGGAUAGACAUCAGACAUGAAGAGAACAACAGUGGCCUCUUCGUGACAGUGCUGGAAGUAGGAAAUGCCUCAGCUGCUCACACGGGCCUGUAUGUUUGCUAUUACAACCACACUCAAGUGGAGGAUGGGGAAGUGGAGGGGAAGGACAUCUACAUCUAUGUGCCUGACCCAGACAUGCCUUUUGUUCCUUCCAUACCAGAAGAUCAGUUCAUCCUAGUAGAAGAAGGUGAUCCCACCAUUAUCCCAUGUCGGACGAGUGACCCAAAUGCUCAAGUGACUUUAAUUAACAGUUUAGACAAGGCUGUGUAUGCUUUCUAUGACAACAAGCAAGGCUUCAUAGGAAACUUCCUUGCGGGAUCAUACACAUGCAAAACAACAGUUAAAGGUGUGGAGUUCAAGUCUGAUGUGUUCCUCAUCUAUAUUUUAAGAGCUACUUCACAGCUGCCGGUUGAAAUUGAAGCUCUUAAAACUGUCUACAAAACAGGCGAGACCAUCGUAGUAACUUGUGUGGUCUUUGACAACGAGGUGGUUAAUUUACAGUGGAAUUAUCCUGGGAAAGUGAAAGAAAAAGGUGUGAUAAAACUUGAUGAUAUCAAAGUCCCAUCGCAGAAGCUGGUUUACACCUUGACCAUUCCUGAGGCAUCAGUGAAAGACACAGGGGAUUAUGAAUGUACUGCUCGGCAUGCAACCAAGGAGGUUAAGGAAAAUAAGAAAGUAGUCAUUACAGUUCAUGACAAAGGGUUCAUUCAUCUAGAGCCUCAGUUUAGCCCUUUGGAAGCUGUCAAUCUACAUGAAGUCAAAAAUUUUGUCGUCGAUGUGCAGGCGUACCCAGCUCCAAAAAUGUACUGGUUGAAGGAUAAUGUGACUCUGAUUGAAAAUCUUACUGAGAUUGUUACUAGUUCAAGCAGAGUUCAGGAAACAAGGUUUCAAAGUAUACUAAAAUUGAUCCGGGCCAAGGAAGAAGAUAGUGGAUCUUAUACUUUGGUUGCUGAAAAUGAAGAUGAGAUUAAAAGAUACACCUUCUCACUGCUAAUACAAGUUCCAGCCUUGAUCUUAGACCUUGUGGAUGACCACCAUGGCUCUGCAGGGGGACAGACAGUGAGGUGCUUGGCAGAGGGGACCCCGCUUCCUGAUGUGGAAUGGCUGGUUUGCAAGGACAUUAAAAGAUGCAGCAAUGACACUUCAUGGACUCUUCUGACUAAUAACAUCUCUGAUAUACACAUGGAAGCCCAUCUGGAUGAGAAGAACAUGGUGGAAAGCCAGGUGACCUUCCAGAAAGUAGAGGAAACCCUGGCUGUGCGAUGUGUGGCAAGAAACGACCUCGGUGCUGUUACUCGGGAACUGAAACUUGUGGCUCCCACCUUGCGAUCAGAACUGACGGUGGCUGCUGCAGUCUUAGUACUGUUAGUGAUUGUGAUAAUUUCACUGAUUGUCCUGGUCAUCAUCUGGAAGCAGAAGCCAAGGUAUGAGAUAAGAUGGAGAGUCAUUGAGUCUAUCAGCCCCGACGGCCAUGAAUACAUUUAUGUGGACCCAAUGCAACUGCCUUAUGACUCCAGAUGGGAGUUUCCUCGAGAUGGGUUAGUGCUUGGUCGAAUCCUUGGUUCUGGUGCAUUUGGAAAAGUGGUUGAAGGGACUGCGUAUGGAUUGAGCCGUUCUCAACCAGUGAUGAAAGUAGCUGUGAAAAUGCUGAAACCUACAGCUAGAUCCAGUGAAAAACAGGCGCUCAUGUCUGAACUGAAGAUAAUGACACAUCUCGGGCCCCACCUGAAUAUUGUGAACCUGCUUGGAGCUUGUACAAAAUCAGGUCCUAUUUACAUCAUCACCGAAUACUGCUUUUAUGGUGAUUUGGUGAACUAUCUGCACAAGAACAGGGACAAUUUCCUGAGCCGCCACCCAGAGAAGCCCAAGAAAGAUUUGGAUAUCUUUGGGAUGAACCCAGCUGAUGAAAGCACAAGAAGUUAUGUGAUUUUAUCAUUUGAAAACACUGGAGAAUACAUGGACAUGAAACAAGCUGAUACAACCCAGUACGUGCCAAUGCUGGAAAGGAAGGAGGGAUCUAAAUAUUCUGAUAUUCAGAGAUCUGUGUAUGAUCGGCCGGCUUCAUAUAAGAAGAAAUCUUUGUCAGAAUCAGAAGUCAAAAACCUUCUUUCAGAUGACAGUUCAGAGGGCCUCAGCCUAUUGGAUUUGCUGAGCUUCACCUACCAGGUUGCACGGGGAAUGGAAUUCUUGGCUUCUAAAAAUUGCGUACACCGUGACUUGGCAGCUCGUAAUGUCCUUCUGGCUCAAGGAAAAAUCGUGAAGAUCUGUGACUUUGGGUUGGCUAGAGACAUCAUGCAUGAUUCCAACUACGUCUCCAAGGGCAGCACUUUCCUCCCAGUAAAAUGGAUGGCACCUGAAAGCAUUUUUGACAAUCUGUACACAACAUUAAGUGAUGUCUGGUCUUAUGGCAUUCUGCUGUGGGAAAUAUUUUCUCUUGGUGGCACACCGUAUCCUGGCAUGAUGGUUGAUUCUACUUUCUACAAUAAGAUAAAGAGUGGCUACCGAAUGGCAAAACCCGAUCAUGCUACCAAUGAAGUGUAUGAGAUCAUGGUGAAAUGCUGGAACAGUGAACCUGAGAAAAGACCCUCUUUUUACCACUUGAGUGAAAUUGUGGAGAGCUUGUUGCCUGGAGAGUACAAAAAGAGCUAUGAGAAGAUUCACCUGGACUUUCUGAAAAGCGAUCACCCAGCUGUCACACGCAUGAGAGGGGACUGUGACAAUGCUUACAUUGGUGUCACCUACAAGAACGAAGACAAGUUAAAGGACAGGGAGAGUGGAUUUGAUGAGCAGAGGCUGAGUGCUGACAGCGGGUACAUCAUCCCCCUGCCUGAUAUUGACCCUGUUUCUGAAGAUGAGCUUGGCAAGAGGAACCGGCACAGUUCCCAGACAUCUGAAGAAAGUGCCAUUGAAACUGGUUCCAGUAGCUCUACUUUUAUCAAGAGAGAGGAUGAGACCAUUGAGGACAUUGACAUGAUGGAUGACAUCGGGAUUGACUCCUCAGACCUCGUAGAGGACAGCUUCCUGUAAUCCCACGGACACCCUCUGACUCUGCACAUGGGGAAGCUUGCCGUGCUGUCUACAGACUUCUGCUCCACAGAGAAAACCACUUUAUUGCAAUGUCAAGGAUGUGAAGAGAAGAUGGAUUUGUACAGAGAAACUCCCAGUGAUGGGCACGGGAAUCAGCCUGAGUGUGAAUGAGAGAGACGUGUUGAAGAUGGAUUUUUUUACUGUUGCUUCUUGCAGUACUUCAUUAGCAUCUCAGUGUUGUUUGCCAUUCAAACUGGUAGGAGGGAGAAGGAAAAGGCCACAAACAGACCAGUUUUGUGUUUCAAGGGCAUUCCUGUGACUUUGAUGUAUAGAAUUUCCACUGCAGCAAUACUUCACCAUUGUAAUUAUGUAAAUAACUGUCUACUCAAGGAUCUUCUGAGGUGCACAUUGAACACACUCCAUGGAUUUUAGAAGAGAUUGCUCAUGAAUUUUGUGUACUUCCUCCCUCAAUCUCAAUGUCAGCUGCUGUUGAACUAUCAUGUGAAUUGAAGAACAUGCAAAAACCACUUUUGGACCAAAAGGGUCUGAAACCACAAAAAAACUGACCAGUACUAAAAACAUGUUACUUUUAACCAUUAAUGCAAGGGGAAUAAUAAUAAUAAUAAUUAAAAAACAGUCUAUAAUAGGUGUUAGAAACCUAGCAAGUCUUUAUUAACUAUAGAAGAUAGCUGUUUUCAUGAUAAUACUACUACUGUUUUCAGUAACACUAAGUGUGUAUUUUAUAAUUCAUUGUCCUUCAGUAAAAGCACAGUCUCAAGAAAUUUUAUACAGUACGAUAAAAAAAAAUCUGACCUGAAAAAUUUUAUGAAACAAUCCUUUUAUCUGGCUGUGCAGAGUAUGGUAAUUGCUCUGAUUAGCUAAAACUACUUUAAUACGGAGAAAAAUUUGGAUCUUAUAGUACACUAAGAUUUAGUUUUUUAUCAUGAACUGAGUAGCUUUUCUAAUCAGAUGUACUAGAAGCAGUUAUUGUCCUGCAAUUAAGUGAAGUUAUUUUUUUUUUUUUAAUUUAAAUUUAUGCCAGAUUUCCAGGAUGGAAAUUAUCGUAAACCACCAGCAACUUCCCAUUGUUUAGCAUUUCAUGUGUACUCAAAAGAAAUCUUAUCCUGGGUUUAGCUGUGAAGAAUCAAUUUGAUAUUUGAACUGCUCAAGGAACAAAGACAUCUCUCCCAGCCUCGAGCUCCAGAUUAAAUAAGCAGAAAUAAUUUUGCAACAAGUAUCCUUGUCUUAGUUUUCAGGUUUAAACAAGAGCAGAAAUCUCUGAUUUAUUAUCUUUGCAGACUAAUUACAAAUGGUAAUUGCUUCCAAGUGUGCUUUUUGGAAGAAGGUGCAUGAAAAUGAACCUGAUCUCAGCCUGCAAUAGUUAUUUUUGACACCACUUAUAUGAACAAAGUAUUAUGAUUACUGCUAUCACUAUACAAUGUGUUAUUGAUAUAUGAUGUUUUGGAAGACUUACAUGUGAAAAAAGGUACAUCACUGCAAAGGGCCCCAUACUUUCUUGUGCUCAGCUUUCAAACUUAACCCUAAUUCAGUGUGAUAAGCACCUCACAGGAGUGCUCAGCAUCUGGCAUGACACAAUCAAUGCAAAUGUGGUGUAAGUUCAUCCCUGUGUUGCAGCAUUUUUCCUAGUAAGUGUGAAAAAUGGACCAGCAGUGACUACAGCACAUGCUGCCUGGAUCUGAACAACAAACUAAAGUUUAGCUUGAAAUGGCCCUCAGGAAAGCUACACAACUCCCCUUGGCUUCGCUUGUGAAUGGUUGUGGAUCAAACGAAAGCAAAUGUAAUAUUGUCAGUGUUAAAGGCAAAUAAUUCUGGACCUGGGUUUCAAAACGUCACCUGGCUGAGGCCACGUACAAAUGUUCUGCAGAUGUGGAAACACGACCUGAAGCGAGGCACCUGCAUUUCCAACCCUGGUGAUGGCUGACAAUCAGAAUGAACCAAGAGCAAUGGCGCAUCCUCCAUUUCCUGUAGUCAACAGACCAAGACUGAGUGUCUUUCUGGGAGCUAUGCUUUAGCCAAACACGCCACUGAGCUCUGUAUGGGGACAACUGUGAAACAUAAAGACUCUUGAUAUAGCCAGGACACACAAGAUGAUGUAAAGCCCCCCUCCAGCUAUGAACUAUGAUUUGAGGAAACACAAAUUGUCUAUUGGAUAUCCCAGAUAUCUGAAUGGCCACUUGAGACCACACGUGCCUUAAUUUGCAUGUGUAAUCGUUACAACUACAUGCUCAAAUUAGGCAAGCAAUUUCACCUGCAUUUUUGCACAUGGCCUAGUGUUCUUCAGGGUUUGAAAAUCAGGCCCAGCACAUUUUAUUUACCAGUUACUGGAAUACAAGGACAUUUUCAUGUGGUCUCCCCUUCCCCUCACUGGUUUCAUUCUGUAUCGCACAACACAUCUUGGGGCUAGACCCAAACAGUGGAAGCGAACCAGAGCCAGCUCACUUUCCAAUGCAUGGGAAUGAUAAUUUUCCAUCCUCUCAUGAAUAUUGUGUACAUGAAUUUCAUCUGUGACAGGGGUCUAGCCUAACCCAGUUCAUUUCAGAGUGGAAUCAGAUAAGCUGGCCUGGAAACUAGAAUGAGAGGCGGAGGAUGAUUCCUUUAGUUUUACAACAUUUUCAGUACUACCGACUUUUUCUUUUAUGGCUUAAUUUUUGAGAAGCCACUGGAAGAGAUAUUCCCAAACCUUUUUCUAGGGUAAUUGUAUAAUGACAAUCAACAUUAGCCUAUGAAACACAGCUUUUGAUUUGGAAUGGCCAACCAAUCCCUUACAGUGUGGUCUUCAACUGUACAAAAAGGUCCUAUUUCAUGAUGAAGGACGUGAGAUAUGGUGAUGUUAUACAUCAAUAUGUAUAUAAGUAUUUUUAUAUAGACUUCUAGAAUACUGCCAAAACAUUUAUGACAGCUAUAUCACUGCCUUUGUUUAUAUUUUUUUUUUACUGUGAUAUAUUCCACAGGCACGUUAACUGUUGCACUUUGAAUGUCCAAAAGUUAUAUUUUAGAAUAAUAAAAAAGGAAGUGUUUCCAAAAUGGUGGCUGUUGUGAAAUGUUUGAAGAAGGGCAAACUGGCCUGAGUGAUGGUAGGCACAAAAUGUAUUACAAAAUGCCCCUGUUGAUAUUUUGUCUUUGAAAAAAAAAAUCCUGUAAAUUAAGAUCUCUAUAUUUCAAUAAAUGAUAUAUAAUUUAA